CUUAGUCAAUAUUGGGAUUUGGGGGUCUCCAAUAAGCCUCUAUUGCGCAUCUAGAAAUAGAGAAACCACCACAAUAUCCAUGUAAAAUUAUCUGAUGAGAUUAUCAUUCAAUUCUUCACACCAGGACAGGGCAGGUCAAAGAGUUGUUCUAGAUAGUUAUAGUUUGUAUUGGACAUUUCUCGAUUUCUCCGGAUGCAUGCACCGGUGGUUUUUAACUGUGACGAAUGCGCGCCUCGGAGGGAGUUCCAGAACGCAGUUAUAAACGGUUGGAGCGCGUCCCGGUUGUCGGCUUGGCUCGGUCUGUCAGUCAGGCGGUCUGUUAGAUCCCGGAGAGAGAGAUAGAGGGGGCUUGAUUGAGUAGGGGACGAUGAUGGCAAUAGCGAAGAUACCGUGGCUACUUCUCCUCGAGAUGGGAUUGUACGCCAGUUGUUUCGUUUGUGGAAUCGUCACGGCGGCUUCUCUCACUAUCACACAGGGGAGUUUCAGUGGUCUCUGUAUCCUGUAUGGGACAGUACAUCACAACUCGUCAUCAGACUCCCUAUUGGUCCAGACCUCCAGCUCUCCCUCGCUCUGUUACUUUGUCUCUGCUAUCUCAGUAUGCGUAGCAGUGUUCUGUUUCUCUAUAUCACUGUACUGGAUAUAUACAUGCUGUCUGGAUGGAGGGGUUAACAGAGAGCGUCUAUGGCUCAACGUGACCCUGGUGGUGUGUGGAGUGUUUCUCUUCUUCCUCCUGGUGACGGGCUGUGUGUUGAAGAGAGGAAGAGACUCUCUGUGUGUCUCUGUCCUACACGCUGUCCCCAACAUCACCAGCUGUGAAGAGGCUCAGUCUAGGACCUGGAUCAGUCCUUACACGGGAACACAGUUCUACACUGGACUGUACAGGUCUGGGACUGCGGUGUGGGUGAACUUCUUUCUCUGGAUUCUGAUUGGCGUGCUGGUGGUGAUCCAGAGAGGUCAAGGGUCCGAGUUUAGAAUGACGGCGGCCGACCCCUUAGCCACGCCCUCUGAGACAGAACCUUUCUUCCCACGUCAGGCCCGGCCCCAGUGACUCGUAACCAUCUCACCUUACAACCUGCUGGCUAGACACAUGUGGAUGUGUGCAAACACAUGACGGAGACACACACACACACACACACACACUCACACACACACACACACACGCACACACACACACACACACACACACACACACACACACACACACACACACACACACACAGAUGGCCUAGCUGAUUUAAGGCAGCAUCUGUCUCUUCAUGGAUAUAACAAUAAUAUACUAAUGGUAACAUGUAGAGCCACUGCAGCUUUCUCUGUGGUCUCUCCAUCCACAGUCCUUUCUCUGUGGUCUCUCCAUCCACAGUCCUUUCUCUGUGGUCCCUCCAUCCACAGUCCUUUCUCUGUGGUCCCUCCAUCCACAGUCCUUUCUCUGUGGUUCCUCCAUCCACAGUCUCUGUGGUCCCUCCAUCCACAGUCCUUUCUCUGUGGUCCCUCCAUCCACAGUCCUUUCUCUGUGGUCACUCCAUCCACAGUCCUUUAUUCUGUGGUCCCUCCAUCCACAGUCCUUUCUCUUCCUAUAUUCAGGGAGAUUUGUGUGUGUGUGUCGGUGUGUGUGUGUGUGACUGGCUGACAGGGACAUCAAUCUUCUCAGAUAAUAUCAGUGCUUUGCACUGUGUGUGUGUGUGUCUCCCACUACGGACCACUGCCAAACCAAGGCGACUGCACCACAGUCAGAUUUCAGCAAUGUCACACUGUCCUCCAGACAGACCUUAUAAUGCCUUACUGACCACUGACACAAAGCAACCAUUUUGUUACAGGGUUCCCUUACUGCCUGCACUUACUUAGAUUGUUUUUAAAAUUAUUAUUAAAAACCAAAAACAUGUCAUUUAGUUUGAGUGAAUUAAUUAUUGUUGCCAUUGCUGAUACUGUAUUGUUGAAUCUUUUUACAGAACUUUAUGAAAACAGGUAUCGACCAAUAAAGAUACAUUUUUUAUUUGUCAGA